AUGGCGCCCACAAUACACUCCGCCAAAUUGACACUCUCAUGUCCGCUCUUUGCCGCUGACUUUGACCCGCGCAAUAGCGGUCGACUCCUUGUUGGCGGCGGAGGCGGCGAGGGGCGCAGUGGAGUUGGAAACAAGAUCUCCCUGCUAGAUACUUCGCGUCGCAAUGAGAUUCUCGAGGUCGUUGACCUGAACCUAUCGCGCGAUGAGGACUCGGUGACAUCGCUGGCCGCGGCGCCGCUGGAUGGUGACGAAGCGGACUCGCUUGUUGCUCUGGCUGGUAUAAACAGCUCUGUAGAGGAGCAGAAGAAAAACAAUAAUCAACACUUGCGCGUUUUCCGAUUCGAAACACCGCGGAAGAAUGCCGCUCCCUCCGCUACGAAUACGAGUGCUAAAGACAGUGAGCAGAAUAAGAAGGGGGGGGAAGGCAACGAAAUCCGAGGAAAAGAUACAUACCAGCGGGUGACGAGGCUCUCGCCGUGGCCCAAAGGAAAGGAUGGUACUGGAAAACACACGCGAAUCGGAGCUGUCGCAACAGGACUGGCACAAUCUGGUGAGAUUGUGUUUUUCUGUGGGACAGAACCCCCCAGCGAGAAGGAUAUCAUUGGCCGCAUUCAAUUAAGCGGCAACGAAGAGGCCGAGGAUUUGGACUUUGCCAGCCUCGAGCACGACUCAGAAAAGACCGACGAUGCACACGGCCGGUUCCUUGUAGCAUACACCAACGGCACGGAUGUCAUGGUCGGCGAGAUGUUGUCGUCAACCCGGUCCAACAGCGCCCCCGAUGUCCGCUCCGUUUAUAGCAUUCCCUUGCCUGCCAACGGAGCCCGCACAGCGCGCCCCAAGUUCCGCGCACUGCGAUUCCUCUCGGCCAAGACCCUUCUACUACUACAGAACGCACCGAAUCGCGGCGGCAGCGAGCUGAUCCUCCUUCAACUUCCCAGCGGCGAAUCAAACAAGUCUCGAAUUCUUCGACGCCGGAAGCUCCCGCGGACCGUGAAGAUCGGACUGGGUCUCGAUAUAUGCCAACUUGGAACAAACCCCCAAGGCCAACAACAAACGGUCAUAGCAGCCAGUGGGAGCGAUAACUCCAUUUCCCUAUUCACUCUAGAAUAUGGACCAAACCGUGGCUAUGGCACCUUCCGCCCCUACACAACUCUCCGUGAGGUGCAUCCUUUCUCAAUGACGAAACUCACUUUCUCAACCUUCAUCGCACCCUCACAUCCCGUAACGCCAGAUGUUGGCCCGCAAAACAUCAAGCUCGCCUCCGUCAGCAUGGGCAACACAGUGGUCGUGCACACAUUCCCACUAUCACCCUUCCCAACAUCUUCUCACACCCCACGCUACGUCCUCGUCGUCCCCGGCCCCGCCGAGUUAUGGGAACUAGUUUACAGCAUCGUCGUAUUAUUAUUCUCCAUCUUCGCCAUCUGUCUGGCUAUGCUCGCCUUCGCCGAGAUCCGCGGCGGAACCCCACCAAUCCUCGGGGCCACGGAGUGGCUCCCAGACAAUAUUCGCGGUGCCAUUGCUAAAGAAUAUGUUCUGCCGCCCCGAGAGAAGCUGACAUACUUCGAUACACUCCUCGCACCUCGCAGCAGUGAUAGCGACAUCCCCGUCAGUAGUGAUGGCGACAUUCCCGUCGCGAAGACCUUCCCCGCAGACGCGCAGCUCGAAUCCCUCCGCGAGAUUCUGGACCGCGUGCACCGCGCCGGGGCCGCACCAGCUGAUCUGGAAACUAUUGCGCCGCAGGCGUUAUCUGUAAUUGUCCGCUGUGGCGCAGAGCAGAGCGUAAUUGUUGAGACGGCUGCGUCUGUGCGCGAGUCUGAUCAGACCGAAGAGGAGAAGCUGCAACCUUGGAAGGAUCUUUCCGAACCUGAGCAGUCUGUUUGGAAACAGAAGCUCACGGAUGCGGGCCGUUGGACAGCUUCUGAGGGAGAGAAUGUGCUCUUGGGGAUUUUGUUCAGUGAGGCUUGUGGAGAUUUGGGGAGGGCUGUGAGGGAGGAACUGCCUUGA